AUGCCUAGGGUAAAACUUGCGGCGUGCCAAAUCGGAGACGGAUCCAAUGCAGAGAGGGGGAAAAACGAACAAAAAGAAAGCGGACCUGCGCGAGACCGCUGUACGUACAGCACCGGAUCGUACCUACAAAUCCAAGGUGGGACGGCUGUGCAGGGUGGCGUCGCUCGCCAAGAGAACGUUGUCUGUGCACUAGCUGCCGCCGGGAAGCGAGGGUGUGAGAUUUGUUAG